UCCUGUCCUUCGAAUUCUUUGUAUUACCCUUCAAUUUGGAGGUUUUCAUGGUCAUUUACCUUCUCUCCUCUUCAAAAGCCAUUGUCUCUCUCUCCCUCACUAAUAAUGAACCGCUUCUACACUAAACCUUCCUCAGUCUUACGAUUUUACUCAUUUCUCCUUUGUUCUUACUAGUUUUUCUUUAAUGGGCUUUCACUUUUAGGCUUUUCGAACACCCAAAUGAAAGGAUUUGGAUCCUUCUCCAUCCGUCGGAAGGAAUCGAACCUAAUUGCAGAAGGAAGCACCGAAACAGGGGAGCUAAUUGCUGGAGAAGAGAUUGCUUUCUGUUUCGAAUCCACCCCUUUAUUUCUACCAUUUUAAGCAUCUUCUUGAGAUUCCAUUCUUCAUCCACGGGAAAAAAAGGAAAAAAAAGGUUGUCCGAUAUCACAUGCAAUCAGCCUUCUCUGAUACUCCAGGCAUUGUUUGAUUUUGAAUGUGCUUGAAAAAUACACGCAAAGCUUGUCUAAGCUGAUUGUCGAUUCCCACUCUUAUUGUUUAAAGGGGCCGGUCGUCUCAGCUGUUGAAUUGGACUCUUAACUUUCAAAAUCAUGUCUAACAAAUUGAAAGGGAUCUACAAAAGUUUCAAGUACAUUUCCCAAAUCUUCGUGGUGAAAGAGCGAGAGAUGGAGAUUGGGUAUCCGACAGAUGUGAAGCAUGUGGCACAUAUUGGGUGGGAUGGCCCUUCUGGUACAGCACCCAGUUGGAUGAAUGAAUUCAAAUCGGCACCAGAGCAUUUCUCAGCCGCAUCGUUUGGUGAUAUUAGUGAUAGAAGAGAUUCAAGUUCUACGGCUAUAACUGCUCCUACAACAUGGUCUUCUCUUGAUUUCGAUCAAGCAAUGUUACGACAACCAGCAUCGGACUUGUUUGGCGAACUUCCUCGCACAGAAAUUCCCAAUCUUCCCACAAAACCAAAGAAGAAGAGUAGAAACUCGUCUCCCAAAUCUUCAUCAUCUUCGUCAAAAUCAUCUCGAGCAUCAAAGACAAAGCAUUCCUUCGGCGAAAUCAAGAUUGCACCCCCCAAUUUGCAAGUUUAGAAAUGGCAUCACAAACUCUCUAUACUUGUGCAAAGGAAUAGAAAAAACCAGCCUAUAUGCGUUGAAAGAAGACUCAGAAAUGGUGCAAUUUUUUCGACCGAGUGUAAAUCAGACGAUCGAAUAAAAAGUAGUAGUAGUCAGCUUGUUUUCGCCCCGACAAGGGAAACUAGAUAGGCAUCAGAAGAUGUGUAAAAAGAAUGAUUUUGUUUUCAUUUCAAGAAGAAAAAGGCCAUGGUGGAAUGGAAGUGUGCUGCUACUUUGAAUGAAUGCUAUAAGAAAAAUUCAAAAAACAAAAAAAAAGCUGAGCUUUUUAUUUGUUUUGUUAGUUCA